AAUUCAUCAUCUGAUGUACGCAAGUUUUGAGAAGCACAUUUUGCAAAAUUGACUUGUGGCGAGGGCAAUGACUCCAUUUUAGGGAAUUCGAUCUGAUCCCGAGCGACACACGCUGCAGACAUCAAGCAAUCCAAUUCCCGUCUCCAUCGAAUUCCUGUCCUUUCACAGAUCCCUUACCUUCGCCUUUCCACCUUCUUUCUCCUCAGAUUCCUCCAUCGUCACCGCGGUUCCUCGGAUCCCCCAAUGAUAUAACCUGGUAAUUGUCGCUGACAUUACGAUUCUCUCUCUCUUUGUUUGUUGGGGGACAUAUCAAACUAAAGAUGGUGAAGCUUACAAUGAUUGCUCGUGUUACUGAUGGUCUUCCUCUAGCUGAGGGACUGGAUGAUGGCCGUGAUAUGCAAGAUUCAGAAUUCUACAAACAGCAAGUAAAGGCUCUGUUUAAGAACUUGUCGAGAGGUCAAAAUGAGGCUUCAAGAAUGUCUGUCGAGACAGGCCCAUAUGUCUUUCACUAUAUAAUUGAAGGAAGGGUCUGUUAUUUGACCAUGUGUGAUCGAGCUUAUCCAAAGAAACUUGCCUUUCAAUACCUUGAAGACCUGAAGAAUGAAUUUGAACGUGUCAAUGGGGCUCAAAUUGAAACUGCUGCCAGGCCUUAUGCAUUCAUUAAAUUUGAUACAUACAUACAGAAGACGAAGAAAUUGUACCAGGAUACACGUACUCAACGUAAUAUUGCAAAGUUGAAUGAUGAACUUUAUGAAGUCCACCAAAUAAUGACUCGCAAUGUUCAGGAAGUUCUUGGUGUUGGAGAAAAAUUAGACCAGGUCAGUCAAAUGUCAAGUAGGUUGACAUCAGAAUCCCGCAUAUAUGCUGACAAGGCUAGAGAUUUGAAUCGACAGGCAUUAAUUCGGAAAUGGGCGCCUGUUGCUAUCGUGUUUGGAGUCGUAUUCCUCCUGUUCUGGUUUAAAUCAAAGCUCUGGUGAUCCAGUUGCCGUUCCAUUCCAGAUAAUCUUAAGCUCAUUUUCAGGCUUCUGUUGAUGGCUUCUAGAGAUGGGAUCAGAAAAUUAGUGUUUUUUUGGUACCUCUAAAGUGUAAGAGACACAUUCAACUUAGUAAAUCCAGAUUAAGUAGAGAAAACGUGUUUAUGUACCCCCUUCCUCUCCUCUCAAAUAUACCUUUUUUGUUCGUUUUACAUUAAAAAAUACCAUUAUAUUUUUUGUAUUAGUCUA